CUUUUUGGCAGUUGUCUAACCAUGUCAAAAUUCAGUAGACAAAAACCGAACCUUGAAAAUAACCAAGCUUGCUACUUGCCAGAACUAAACCCGCAUGGAACAAUCGGCCAUGGCGAUCUCCUCUCUCUCCAGUUUCUUCUCUUCCCUCCAGCCCUCGAGAUCAUCGGCUCCUACUAUUCUCUCUAUUUCCUCUCAACAACUUCGGCUCCCUAGAAUCACACUUUCUGAAUGGACCCCACUAGUGGCCGCAUCCAACCCGGCACCAUCUUUUAUUUCUUUGACUACCGCUGGUGACAGUGAUAUCUUGUCCGUGGUGUGUCCUUCACUGGCAUAUGCAAAAACUCUUCACUUCAAAUCGGGGUUUAAUGUGCAGAUUAACGUGGAGGAGAACGAGCCUGAGGAUAGAAUACUCCUUAGGUUCAGGAGAGCUGUCAUGAAGGCUGGUAUUCUACAGGAAUGCAAGAGAAGAAGGUUCUUUGAGAGCUCCCAUGACAAGAAGAAGAGAAAAGCUAGAGAUGCUGCUCGCAGGAACCGUAAGAGGCACCCGCGAAAGAAAGCGCAAGGCAAAAAGGAAGCACCAAAGAAGGAGGAGAAGUACAAUGAUGAGGAUGAUAACUGGGAACUUCCAGAAGGAGAACUUCCUUAUUGCUAACUGCAUGUUCAAAAACAGCCAAACUUCAACACCAGAACCGAGACUUUUUAACAGCUGUACUUUGGAUUGUUGAAUGAUUUCGCUCAUGUAAUUAGAUUGACUGAGCAUAGACACAGCCAUACGGGUACAGCCAAGCUUGUUAAUAUCAGAGAUGCUUGGACUGGGUUAGCAGGUUUAGACUUCACACUCGUUAAAUGCUGAAGUGUCGGUUUUUUUAUUCUCAAUAUGUACAGAUUUAUUAUAUGAAUGAGAUGUAAAAUGCUUCAUACUGAGAUCAAUGUGCUUAUUUCAUUAUUUGUUAAAGAAGAAUAUGCUGCUCAAUGCUAA